UCUUACUUUUGUCUAUAUUUUCUUAAUUUUUAAUAUUUUUGGUAAACUGACUUGACUGUCAAGAAUAGAAGAAGAAGCAAGAAUUUUCCUGUGGUUGCGGUUGAUGACUUCAAUCGAUUUUUGCAUAAUUCGUUUUUAUUAUUUAAGUAUUUUGUAUAUAACUUCAUUAUGUCGAGCUUUCGUUUACUAACCGCCCUUCGCGCUACCCGUCCGCUGCCCAUUAACAGUCAAAAUCAGCGAUUUGUUGCCAAUAAAUCACAUGAAUUUACAUUUGCCCGCCGCCAGUUCUCGAAGGCCUUAAAGGACGUGGAAAAUGGAAGUAUAACUAGGAAAUCAUCGAAACCAAAUGGCACGUUUAAGUUGACAUUGUUGGGAGCGUGCAUUGGCGCUGUCGCAGGAUCUACAUACACUAUCUACACACGAAUAUGUGACAAGAACUCACACAAGGAGCACGAACGGACGCCGCCUAAAGUCGUGGAAUUUUUCCCAGCGGACGUGCGCAUUACAAAGCGCUUCAUAAAUCCUAAGGAUACUUCCGGCCUGGACAUAGUGCUAUUUCAAUACCAGACAUGUCCAUUCUGUUGUAAAGUGCGUGCAUAUCUGGACUAUAUGGGUAUCUCCUAUUCAGUUGUGGAGGUUGAUGCAGUGCUUCGACAGGAUAUCCGAUGGUCAGAGGUUAAAAAGGUGCCAAUGGUACUAAUCCGCCAACAGGAUGGCCGAUAUGUACAGAUGACUGACUCCAGCGCCAUUAUUUCCCUUGUGGCUUCCAGCAUUCACGAUAAUCGCAUCGAUGUGGGUGAGCUAGCGCAGUUCUAUCCACAUAUUUCCUAUUUCGAUGAUGAUGGUAAAAAGCGUCAAGACAUAUUGAACAAAUACUUUCUCAUGUACCAGGAUCGCACACCCAAAAAUAUGACCAAAGAAAUCGAAGAAAAUGAACGCAAGUGGCGAACCUGGGCAGACAAUCACCUAGUUCAUCUUAUAUCACCCAAUUGUUAUCAGACCUUUGAUGAAGCGCUGGAGACAUUUGAGUGGUUCUCAUUAGCAGGCGAAUGGGAUGUCCAUUUCCCUAAAUGGGAGCGUGAUUUGAUGGUUUACUGCGGCGCGACAGCAAUGUGGGCAAUAGCCAAAAUAUUGAAGCGACGGCAUCAGCUCACUGACGAUGUCCGUUCCCAUAUGUAUGAUGCCUUGAACAAGUGGACAGCGGAUCUUAAAAAGCAAAAUACGAAAUUUAUGGGCGGCAAAAAACCAGGACUAGCGGAUCUUUCCGUGUUUGGCGUGCUCAGCAGCAUGGAAGGAUGCCAAACAUUCAAGGACUGCUUACAAAACACAAGCAUUGGUAAAUGGUUUUACGAUGUUAAGGAACUUGUGCAGCAGAAUCGCGGUGAAUUGCAUAGGGAGCGUAUAGUUGGUGUAACAACGUUAGCAUAGUAAAAGUAAUGUGAAACAUUUACGCUUUGUGAUUAAAAAUUGUUUAAAUAAAUACCGCAAAUUUUUUAUC